ACGCGCGAAUUCAUUGGGGAUUUACGUGCAAAACUAAAAAUUCCCCUCGAUCUGGAUUAACACUUCGGAUUUCCAGUUGAACAGUGGAGAUAAGAUGUUUGGUAUAAAUAGGAGUGACCCGAUGAUCGUGGCAGUUGCAUCUCGUACAACGCAAACAAACAUGCAUUCCUCUACUAAAAUCUUGGUUCUUCUCGUCGUCGCUUGCUUUUAUCCAGCAUUUUUGGAUGCUGUUAGUGUGAGCGAUGUUAAAUUGAAGAUCCUCCAAGAGCAGAGAUACAUCGAACAGGUCGUUCCCUCAACGAAAUCCUCGAUCGCAGAUGAAGUCUCCCAGACGAGAAGCCGAUUGAAUUCGAGGGCUGAGAAUAUUAAGAGCGACAUCAAGGCUGGUGCUAGCAGCUGCCAACGUUGGUACGAGCACAUCGAGGGUCUGCAGAAGAGCAUGAUCAACUUCAUGUACCAGUUCCAACCCUGCGAACUCAAUUCCGGUUUCGAUACUCUUCGCAAAACUAAGGUUUCCCUUGCAAGCUUGGUCAGAGAAGCUGAUAAGUUGAUGGCGCUCUGCACGAUCAUCUCACCGAGCAGCUGUUCAUCUCAGACUAACUCCAUGAACUCUGCCAUCGAUCUUAUUCACUCGAAUUCCGAAAAUACCGUUUCCAACAUCAAGAGAGAAGCUUCUGCUUGCAUCGCUACUAGGGCUCAGAAUAUCGAGAAGCUUUUGGACAGCUCCACCAGCGGAUGGCAAAAAUGCAACAGCUCUGCUUAAGUUCAUUUCAUAACAUAUUUAUUCCCAUUAUUUUUUUCCUUCUUCAAAUAUAUCAUACUUAGUGCCUA